ACUAAUUGGUAGGCUUUGUGUGACUUCUCUUUUCGUAAAUUGUUUGUUCUCGUCAUUCAAUAGGGGAAUCGCAAGCAAAUCCCCACCAAGGAGAAGAAAAGCCAAUAAGUUCUGAUUUCCUGCUCCAAAAUGCACCAGUCUUACCACAUACAUUCCAUACUAAAGCAAGGCGUUCACAUCGAGUCAAUAGCAGCCUAUAACAACAAUGUAAUCCUGGGCACACGUAGUGGUCAACUGAUCAUGUAUUCAGUGGAUGAAAAUGGAGCAGUAGAUAUGUUGAUGUUCAAUAAGAAUUUCAGCAAAAAACCCAUUGCCCAAAUGGAGGUAAUAGAAGCGGAGAGCUUGUUGUUUGUUCUAACGGAUGCCAUGAUACAUGUAUGCGAUAUUAGUCAUAUGGAGAAGAAUUUUAGUUUUAUACAUAGUUCCGAACUUACCAAAGGAUGUAGUCUGUUUACAAUGGAUGUUAAGACCACCAAAUCGACUACGGGCAAAACUGUCAACGUUCUUAGAGUUUGCUGUGUCAUCAAAAGGCGUCUACAGUUUUUCUAUUGGAAACCGUACAUUUUGGAAUCACCAGAUUUCAGUAUUGAAUUGAAAGAUGUCCCCAAGGCUUUGUGUUGGGUAGACGAUUUGAUAUGCGUCGGUUAUAAGGAUGAAUACGUGAUAUUUAAUAUUAAAUAUAACAAAACUGAGAAACAUGAUCUCAUUGUAACAUCAUCCUCUCACAACAUGGAUCCGUGCAUUUGCCUCCUAAAAGAUAUAAUAGGUGUUUCCAAAGACGAAUAUCUUGUCACAAUUGAUCCCGAUGUAUAUAAGGCGCGUAAAGACGACAAGGCAAAAGUCCAAGGAGCACUAGAUUCUUCCACGUCGAAUAAAGGAAAAAAUCCGCUACAACCAAUAACGUGGUCAGGUCCACUAUUGGCUCUUGUCUGGGAUGAACCAUUUGUUGUGGGUCGUGUUGCAAAUGGCAUCGAGAUACGCUGUUUAGAAGCAAAUGGCAUUAACAAAGACACACUCGUGCAAUCUAUACCCGAAUUAAGUAAAACAAAACAUUUGGUACGUUCGGGGCGUGGUACAAUAUUUGCAGCUGCAAUUUCCGAACUAUGGUGCAUACGUAUGGUGGAUAUAUCUGUACAGAGACAACAAUUGUUACAGCAGAAAAAAUUUCAACUAGCCAUUGAGUUGACUAACAUAUCGGAUGAACCAGAAUUGGCCAAAGCUGAAACUAUACGUCAAAUUCAUAUGCGUUAUGCCAAGGAAUUGUUUGCCUUAAAACAAUUUUCGGCUGCCAUGAAUGAAUUUGAGAAAGCGCAAGCAAAUCCAUAUGACGUUAUAAGACUCUUUCCAAAUCUUUUGCAAGAUAAGGCAUCCGCAGAUAGUUUCGAUGCCACAGUACCACAAGUCAGCAACAUGCCUCAGUUGGAAGACAAAGAUUUGGAGAAAGCUCUGCUGGCUUUAAUCGAAUUUUUGGCACUUGCCCGGCAAAAAGAAGUAGUUAAGCUACGCGAUUCGAAAAAUGCAUCCAAAUCAUUGUUGUCGAUUAUCGAUACCACCCUAUUGAAAUGUUAUCUGCAAACCAAUGAUUCCUUGAUUGCUCCACUGCUGCGAUUGAACCAAUGUCAUUUGGAGGAAUCGGAAAAAACGUUAUUGAAGCAUGAUAAAAUUUCCGAAUUAAUUAUACUGUACCAGACCAAUGGACAGCACAAGAAGGCUUUGGAAUUACUCAAGUCCCAGGCUAAGAAAGAGGGCUCAAAUUUAUAUGGGUAUGAUCGAACCAUACGUUAUCUCCAACAAUUAGGCUCUUCACACAUGAACUUAAUUUUGGAAUUUUCCGAUUGGAUUUUGAAGGCUGAUCCAGAGAAAGGUUUAAGAAUAUUUACAGAUGAUUUCAUUGAAGUAGAAAAUCUCCCACGGGCCACAGUGCUGGACUUUUUACUAAGCCACCAUAAACAGUUGGUAAUACCCUAUUUGGAACACGUUAUCAAUGUUUGGAAAGAUCAUAAUACGCUGAUACAUAAUGUUCUAAUCAAGCAAUACCGUGAAAAAGUUGAGAAUAUUAUGAAAGAUUUGGAUAACCCAGAUAUGGCUACGGAAAGACUGAAAGAUCAGCUGAGGGAUUAUCGCACGAAACUGUACAAUAUCUUGGAGAACUCCACAAAUUAUUCACCGGAUAUCAUUUUAAAAGAUUUUCCAACCAAUAUAUUGUUGGAAGAAAGAGCUUUAAUCUUGGAACGCCUGAAGAAACAUGAAAAAGUGUUGGCAAUUUAUAUACAAAUCUUGGGAGAUGUGGACAAGGCGGCACAAUAUUGUGAAAGGAAUUAUGAUGACGAACCUGAUAUAUUCUUUCUACUCCUCAAGACAAUACUCAGUCCAAUGAAAUUUCCGCCAUAUGAAGGUGUAGAGCUCCAUGAAGGUUUUAAGAAGCCCAAUGAAGAUGUAGCAGUAAAUUUGCUAAAUAAAUAUGGGACCAAAAUUGAUCCAAGUAAAAUAUGGCCGUUCUUACCCGACGAAAUGCCAGUGCAUAGAAUGCUAAACUAUCUAGAUACAGUUAUUCGUACCAAAACAGCCCAUGAGCAUCACAUGGAAAUGAAGAAAGCCCUGCUGCAGGCCGAGAUUCGCAGAUGUACCGAUUUGGUACGGGAACAACAGAAUAUUAGCUUUGAAAUCAAUGAGUUUACCACAUGCCCGGAAUGUAAAAAACGUUUCGCUAACCAAAGUGCAUUUGUGCGUUAUCCAAACGGAGAAAUUGUUCAUCUUUCAUGCCAUGAUAAACGUAUUAUGGCGGCAAAUCUUUUUGGAAAUUAAAAAUGUUUCCAUUCUCCUCUUUGUUAUGUAUUUUUAUAUAAUUUUAAAAACAGUAUUUUUAAGUUAUUUAUAUUAUUAAAACAACCGAAACACAUAUAAUCAUGAAAUCAAAAAGA